AGUGAUGCUCACAACUGCAGAUCCUCUCCAGGAUUUCCUCUUGGUCCACAACCUGAUACCUCAUCAUGUCAUUGAGCACUAGAUCCUACGGCCAGAAAACCCUUAGCGUGUACGGUGGAGCCGGCGGCCAUGGCACCCGCAUUUCCUCCGCCCAGGCAUGUUACUUACCUGCUCCGGGCUUCAACUUGGCCGACGGCCUGGACCUGCACGUGGGCGCCAACGAGAAGGCAACCAUGCAGAACCUCAACGACCGCCUGGCUUCUUACCUGGAGAAGGUGCGCACCCUGGAGAAGGAGAAUGAGCGUCUGGACAAGCAGAUCAGAGAGUGGUACCAGAGCAGAGCUGUCAUCAGCCACGACUACACCAACUACUUCGCCAUUAUUGAUGAUCUGAAGGAUAAGAUCCGGAUCGCUGCAAGGCUCAAUGCCAAGACGAUUCUCGAUAUCGACAAUGCGAAACUGGCUGCUGAUGACUUCAAAAUGAAAUAUGAGAAUGAGCUGGCCAUGAGAAUGGCUGUGGAGGGUGACAUCGCUGGGUUGAAGAGGGUGCAGGAAGAGAUGAAAAUGGUCAGAGUGGAUCUGGAGUGCCAAGUGGAUGGUCUGAAAGACGAGCUCAUCAUGCUCAAGAAAAACCAUGAAGAGGAAUUAGCUUUACUCAGGAGUCAGAUGGGUGGUCAGGUAAAUGUGUCCGUGGACGCGUCACCCUCUCCAGACUUGAACCAGGCUAUGACAGAGAUCAGAGAGCACUAUGAGGCUCUAAUCGCCAAAAAUCGCAGGGAACUCGAGUCCUGGUACCAAACCAAGAUGGCAGCAAUAGAGCAGGAAGUGAUUACACAGACCGAGUCCCUGGUGACGUCCCGCACAGAAAUCAAAGACCUGAAGAGCACUCUCCAGAGGCUGGAGAUUGAACUGCAGUCCCAUCUCAGCAUGAAAGCAUCCCUGGAGGGCACCCUGGCAGAGACGCAAUCCCGCUACGCUGCACAGCUAGCCGGCCUGCAGAACAUGGUGGUCAGCUUAGAGGCCCAGCUUUCCCAGAUCCACGCAAACAUCACCAACAAUAAGCACGAGUACGAUAUGCUGUUGGAUCUUAAAACCCGACUGGAGCUGGAGAUUGCAGAGUACCGACGACUGCUGGACGGAGAAGAUGAAAGGUAAGAACAUUAGUAAAUAUUGUGUAGACUUUAUAAAAAACCAAUAGAGUUCAUAGUAUCAUGUAAAUAGCAAAAAAAAAAACACUAAUGCCUUGAAAUAAUAUGCUCUCCUUUUCUUCUUUUUGACCAGCUCAAAGCAAGGUGAGCAUCCGCAAAGGCACCAUUAAAGAAUUUAAUAAAAUAAAAUGCUCAAUUUUCUUUUCUUUUCUUUUCUACAGUGGUCACCAAAGUUAUCACGGUUGUGGAGACUGUCGUGGAUGGGAGGGUGGUUGAGAGCAGCAAGACUGUUGAUGUAGAUGUGGAUGAAAUUGAGUGACACCUUGGAAGAGACUAGAAAUUCAAUAAAGACAACGCAGUUAA